AUGGAGGCAAAGAAAAAUAGCCUGCCCACUAAUGUGGAUUGGUUUCUAGUAAAUAUUAUCUAUGAAAAAAGUGGGCUUAAAAAUGGUGAAGUCUCACUGGUAAAAGCACAGAAAUCUUGGUGUGUAGCAAAGCCAACAACAAGUGAAACUGAUCUUCAGAAUAACCUAGACUAUGCCUGCAGCCAUGCUGAUUGCCACUCCUUACAGAAGGGAAACGUUUGCUACUGCCCAAAUAACAGAUUGCACCAGGCAUCAUAUGCCAUGAAUCAAUACUACCAAUCCCAGGGCAGGACUAGUACUAACUGUAAUUUCUCCAACAGUGGUCUUAUUGCAGUGACAGAUCCAAGCUAUGGUAAUUGCAUCUUUGAGUAUGGAGGGAACGAACCUUUAGCAACUCAAACGGAUGGUUGGUGCGUGGCUAAGCCUAUGGCACCACCAGAAUUGCUAUUGGCAAACAUAAAUUACAUUUGUGGGGAAAUGGAUUGUAACGUAAUCCAACCAACCGGUGAAUGUUAUAGCCCAGAUAAUAUCAUUAGCCAUGCCUCAGUUGCCAUGAACAUGUACUAUGUGCUCCACAACAAAUCAAAUCUCAGUUGCAAUUUCAACAACACUGGCAUGGUUGUCAAGAAUGAUCCAAGUUAUGGGACUUGCGAAUACUAUUAAGUGAACAUGGAAGAUGCGUUCUCUUUAUAAUAAUAUUGAAGUCCCAAGUAAAUAAAAUUCAGAUUCGAUACUCUUAGGCAAUGAUCAGUUCAUAGCCAAAUGGGACGUUAUUUAUUAUUUAAAAUUUUAACAUGAUUAAUUAUGGGCUAAAUUGACGUGGAAUUAGUGACACCGUCGCCUUUUAAUUUCAAACAAUCGACAGUAAUAAAGCAUUGUCCUUAAAUGU